AUAUAGCUAACUAUAGAUUUCUACGAGGAGCAUCACGUCUGUUGGAGAGAUUGUAAGCUUCCUGUGGAAAUGGGGGUGACCAGGAAAGUAAAUAAAGAGUCUGGAGUUGGGCCAUAUGAACAAAAUGGAAGUGUUUACCACGGUUGCCACAUCUCACAGCGGAGCACCACAGAAAGCCCACAAAAGCCAGAGGCAUGCGUUUGCCCCAUGUUGGCAGGAUUAGCUCCAGCAUAAUUACUGCCCUAAUACUAAGUAACUCACUUUUGUGAACACUUUGCCCUUGGCCCAGUUUUCAACACUUACAACUUCAUUCGUUUCCCUGAAGGCACGCUGCAGGGGUUGAGUGGAGAGGGAGAGUGGUCCUUUUCCAUCUGGGUCUUUCUUCUCCGUGUAAUCCAAGAUGUAUACAAUUCAUGCUGUCCACCAUUGUGACUCCUGCCCCAUCACCCUGAGCCAUUCAUUGCCAAGUGCCUUUCAAAUAAUGGAGCUCCUUCCUGUUCUGUUCCUGAGACUAGCCCUUGGCCUAGGGCCCUAGCACGGUUUUGCUUCCUGGUAGUCAAGGGAUCAUGGAAGGUUUAUAAAUUCCCAUUUUAGCACUGAAACUCCAAGCAAAUAUGGUUUUUUAUUUUGAACAGAUUUUUUUUUUUUGCCUAGUAAAGAACUCACAUCUGAAUGUUGCAGUUGCCCGCCUGACGUCUGGGAAGAGCUAUUAUUGCCAUUUCCCGUCAAUAUCACAGGCUGAUCUUCAGUCAAUACAGGAUGAAUUUAGCAGAUUUUUGAAAGCUGCUGGGUGCAAACUUGUGGUGGUUGAAUUUUCAGCAAAAUGGUGUGGUCCUUGCAAAAGGAUUUAUCCUCUUGUUCAUGCAAUGUCUCUGCAAUACCAAAAUGUAAUGUUUGCUAAUGUGGAUGUGGAUGAUUCUAAGGAGUUGGCCCAAACUUAUCACAUCAGAUCAGUACCCACAUUUCAGAUGUUCAAGCAAACCCAGAAGGUGACUCUAUUCUCAAGACUCAAAAGAGCAAUUUGCUGUUAUGGAAAUGGAUUCAUGAGCGAGCCGAUUUUUGAAUUUUGUGGAGCUGAUGCUCAAAAAUUGGAAGCGAAGAUUCAAGAAUUAAUGUAAGCCGAUCUCCAAGACGAAAUACAUUUGCAACAUUUUAAAAGGCCACAGCAAAUGCGUUUGUGUUUUUUAUUUGCAGCGAAUAUUGGAAUGUUCGAUCGGUCCCCCUUCUAAUGUUUUACAGGUUGAACUCCACUUUCCUGCAAUCUCAUUCCACAAUUGCUUGAAGCUCUUGCAGUAUCAGAGAAUGUAUCACUCCCAUUCUCUAACUUAGCUUUCCACUUACUUGAGCACAUUUCUUAGGUGAUGUUUUUAUGACCUUCACAACAGAGGCCCUGCACAGCUAAGUCAUACCAUGCCAUUAAGUAGGUUUUCCAGAGAUCUCUGAAGAUGGAACUCUUCACAGUGGUCAAGAAACAAAUAAAUACCGUAUUGCCCUGGUGUACUCCAAAUAGGUAGAAGCCAUUCUUUUUCUUUUUCUUUUAAUGUAAUGUUUAUUUAUUUUAGAGAGAGCAUGAGCGGGGGAGGGGCAGAGAGAGGGAAACACAGAAUCUGAGGCAGGCUCCAGGCUCUGAGCUGUCAGCACAGAGCCCGUCGCAGGGCCCAAACUCACAGCUGUGAGAUCAUGGCCUGAGCCGAAGUUGGACGCUCAACCAACUGAGCCACCCAGGAGCCCUAAGUAGAGGCCAAUUCUAAUUGAGCCAUCAUUUGUGGUACAAAAUUCUUCUCUGAUGCAUCCAUUUAAAUUAGAACGGUGUCAUUUUUCUCUUCCCCACUGCCUUUCUAAAAUUCUUCUAUAAAUUAAAAAAAAAUCCACAUAUACAUACACAAAAGCCAGAAAGUCUUUUUACUACCUGCGAUGUUUUGUUGUUAACUGAGAUAGCUCUGAUGUUUAGGACCCAGAGAAGACAGUUCUUCUCACACUGACUACUUGGGGUUGCCAUCAGGUGAACGCUGGGGAUCUGAAGUCGUAAAGUCGAGCCAGCUUUCCCUAGCUGUUAACGACUGAGAUUUUGACAAAAUCCUAGAAUUCUUUGGAACGUAGAGUAGAGGACACCAAGAGCUGCUAGCUUAAGAGAAAAGGGACACCUUUUAAUCAUUCAGUAAAUAUUUAUUGAGCACCUACUCUGUCCCCAGCACUGCUAUGGGUAUCUAGAAUAACACUUGAUUCAUAGAAUCCAAAGAUAGAAAUAUAGCCAGCUUCGCAUGCAGUCAGCAACAUGAACGGGAUAGAGAUGGGGAGCCCAGGGUAUUUCUGUGUACUUCUGUCCUCUGCUUUUCAGUUUUUGUCUGAAUCAUCUGUCCAUUGCUGUAGCUAGUUCUUCUUCAUUGUUCAGUCUUCAUUCUGAAAUGUAGCUUCCCAGUAGAAUGGUGACUGAGAUCUUAAGAUGAGAAGUGUCACUAAAAUUGCAGGCCUCAAAGUCAAACAGACUCAGACCUCACAAUUACAAGAGCAUUUUGGUUCCAAAAAAGUUUUUGCCCCCCCCCUUUUUUUUUUUUUCAUAAAAAUACCAAGUAUUGUUAGUGAUACUUUGCUUCUUUCUAGCCCAAACCCCCACUGCCGGGGGGUGAGGACAGACGGAACCUUCAUGGGGUGAGGCAGCCGUGCACUCUGUUCAUGGGGUUCAGCUGUUUGUCUCCCUGGAGCCCAAAUCAAGCCUGGCUUUUCUCUUUUCCACAAGCCUGCUCUCACCACAGGAACAAGGAUGGAAGGUUCUAGGGCCCCUAAUCUUUAAAUCUUUGGGACCAGAUGUGCUAAGUGCAUCAGGCAGGACAGAAGAAGAGGGGCACCUCCCUGCACCAAAGCAAGACCCCAGGGGUCCUGAAGCUGUCACUCAUGCCCUGUCCCCAGACAUGCCAUUCUACCGUGCCCAGGUGAACUCUGGGUAGGGCUCCGACGGAGGCUAGGCCAGAUGAGGUGUGAGGACUGUAGCCUGGAGUUAGCCGGCUCUAGAGGGCCAGGCUGCUGGAAGGGCAAAGAAUAUGGGCUAGGAAGCUGUUGGCCAGGCUGAGGCCCCUGGGGCCAGACCAGCACUGGCACUAGUAUGAGUGAGUGAAUACGCCUAUCAACUUGACUAAGGCCUUCACCCAUCCCCAGAGCACAGGCCACUGUGGGGGAAGAUGGCUGGGAAAUCAUGAUACAGCUGGUGACAAUGGAAAGGUCCAGUUCUCUGUGUGAAUGUGUCGUAGGUACAAGUUCUGUGAAUGAAAGUCAAGGACACUUGUACACCAAAGUCAACUCAUACUAGUCGCUGGCCUCUGGAAAGAGCAGCCUGAAAAACGUCUCUAGAGUGGAGGACAGGGUAGAGGAUGAGUCCCAUGCCCAGAGAUGGAUGGAAUCAUUCUGGCAGCCUUGGGUGUGUCACAUUUUGUAGCGUCUCUGUACAUGUUGGAGCGGGCAGAGGUUUCAUUUUUUUCAUUGUUAUUUCAGGCCCGCCGUAUCAUUUUAACAAUAAAACAGGACACGUCAGAGUUCAAGAGAAUUCCCUGGAGACCAGUCUUCUCCAUCCCAUUUCAGCAGGCAAGGUUCCUGUGUGACUUCUCUUGCCUAGAAAUGGAAAGAGUCCAUGCUUUUAUAAUAUCCUUUCUAUUUUGAUAGGAAAAGAGAAUGGGAAGUCACUUAAUUUUUGCCUUGUGGUCUAUUUCUGAGGUGCACAUUUUUACCAAUGCAGUAUUUGUUUAUCAAGCACUAACAUGAUUUUCUAGCUGAGGCAUGAUCCAAUAAUGGUUCAUAAAAUGCAAUUUAGUGGGUCAGCAUUCUCUUAAAACAAAGCAAGAAAUGUCAGAGUAUAUUUACUAUAGCAAUGGUAACUAUCAUUUCAUGGAACUUGUUCAGUUAUAUGUAUAUUUAUACUAGGGUCACCAUGUAAAAUAUGUUUCUCAAAGUAGGUUCUGGUGGGUCACAACUGAAAGCCAUUGCCUGAGGGUUUCAUCUUUGUCAGGGGUGACAUGGUACUCAGGUUUGCAAAGUGAGGUUCUGGGACCAGGAGCAUCCCCUGGGAACUUGUUAGACAUGCACAUUCUCCCACGUAAUCCACAUCCUGAAUCAGAAGCUGGGUGGGGUUGGGGAAUCAUGAGAGGAAUCCGGAUUAUUCUGAUCUACACUGACGUUGAGCACCACUGUUAAUGUACAUCAAGGGACCAAUUGCAAUCAUUAUUGAGGCAAUAGAACCAAAGAGGAAAUGGGGAAAACAAAUUGCAACUCUUGAUAAACGAUGAGGCUCAAGAAGUCCACACACUAUUUCAUUUGAUCUUCAAGGUAGUACUGUUCUCAGUUUACAAAUGCAGGGAGAUGAAGUUCUUUGCCUAAGGUCACACUGCUAGUAACUGAUUGCAUCCAAAUGUGAACCCAGGUGUGCUAGAGAAAAUUAAAGGAAAGAUGAACUAAUAAAAGAUUCUCUCAAGGCAAAUAAAAUCCACUGCCUUGGUCAGUCCUUUUAUUGAUGUCAUACAAGCCCCUGCACCCUGAUCCAGAAAAUGGAUUUCAAAGAAAUUUCCGUCAACGAAUAGUCCUCUCUCCCAGAAUGUUGCUGAAAAUGACCAGUUUUAGACGUAUCAUGGGUACUCGCUGUUUUAAAAAUCUUGAGCCCUUCUGUUCUCAUCAAAUUUUUAUGGGCACAUAUUUGGGAUUUUCAUGUUGGUAUCCUCUUAAAAGGAAGCAUCCAUCUGACUAUAUUUCUUGUCAGGGCUUUUAAGAAAAGGAAUAUGGGACCAGAUGGGAAUGAGAAUGAGAAGUCGGAGAAGAGCAGCCGGGGAAAGAGUUUGAGCAAUAUACUGGACUCCUGCAAAGCCACUGCUCUCCCAGGCAAUCCUUAUUCCUUCUCCCAAAGAAGGUGGAGCUUUCCCCCAGAAAGCCCCAUAAGGCUGAAAAGAUUCAGCGGGAGUGUGCCACCAGGUAAGAGGACAGCCUCAGCUGGGAUACCUUAGCCCUGAAUUUUCUAAGCUUUGGUCAUCCACAUGCCACUGUUAUUAUCAACCUAUUUACUUCUUGUAUAGGAAUAAAUUCAUUUUGCAACAAAACUUUUUGUCAUCAGAACUUAAAUGGAAGAUGAAUAUUGUUCUCAGAAGUGGAAGAAAGCCUUCGUAGACAA